AUGUCGUCGACGCAGAAGAAGAAGAGCAACUAUAAGGAGAAGAUGGCGCGGCGGAAAGAGGAGAACAAAAAAGAAGAACCAGAGACACCAAGGUACCGAGAUCGUGCGAAGGAGCGUCGUGAAGAUCAAAACCCUGACUAUGAACCUACAGAGCUUGGUUCGUUUCAUGCCGUGGCACCUCCUGGAGCAGAUUUGAGGCUAGAAGAUGCCCAAAAGAUUUCAAUUGAGAAAAGCAAAUACCUUGGAGGCGAUCUGGAGCAUACUCAUUUGGUCAAAGGGUUGGAUUUUGCUCUACUAAACAAAGUACGGAGUGAAAUUGACAAGAAGCCUGAUGCAGAGGAUGGGAAGGAUGCCAAGGCGAGGGAAACAAAAGAAGACCGGGCAGUCUCAUUCCGCACUGCAAUUGCAAAGUCUGUCUAUCAGUGGACUGUAAAGCAACAGCAAAGCAUGACAAAGGCGAAUGAUAUGUUUCUUCCUGGCCGGAUGGCAUUUAUUUACAAUAUGGAGGAUGGACUUAACAGUGAUAUUCCAACAACUCUUCACAGGAGCAAAGCUGAUUGCCCUGUCCCAGAGGAAAUGGUCACUGUCAGCGUGGAUGGCUCUGUACUUGACAGGAUUGCCAAAAUCAUGUCAUACCUUAGACUUGGAUCAUCAGGGAAGGUCUUGAAGAAGAAGAAAAAGGAGAGGGAUACAAAAGGGAAGAAUAAUUUGGCAGGUGGUGUCUACAAUGAGGUAGUACGACCUGCCCAAAGUGAUGGUUCUGUUCAGAAACACCAGUCUGAAAAGGAUAUGCCACCGCCACCCCCACCCCCACGAAAGAGUAACUUCAGUGAAAAGGAGAAACAUUCUGUCCCUGUUGCUAGAGCAGAUGACGAUGACAUAUUCAUUGGAGAUGGAGUUGACUAUACUGUUCCUAACAAGGAAAUGAGCCAGAGCCCCAUCUCCGAAGAUAUGGAUGAAUCCCCACGUGUCCAUCAGAAUCAGUCCAAUUUGAAUGAACCUGUGUAUGGUCCUAUUCAACCAUCUGAACCUGCUCAAGCUUGGCAACAGCCAAUGGAUGGUUAUGAUGCUAUGCAAGCCCAAAUGGCAGCUGCUGGAUACCAAGGCGAGUGGUCAGGCUAUCAGUAUGCUGAACAGCAGCUGGCUUAUCCAGAACAGUACAUGCAACAGGGUACUGUGGGAUACGAUGUAUUAGUUGACCCAAAUAUAUCUCAGGAUCCAAGGUUGAUGACUCAAGCAGACAAGGAUAAGGGUCUAGGUUCUGUCUUCAAGCGUGAUGAUGACAGGCUUAAGCAGCUGAGGGAAAAAGAUGCGCGGGAGAAAGACCCAAAUUUUAUUUCAGAUAGUUACUCUGAGUGUUAUCCUGGUUAUCAGGGUUAUAAUCAAGAGAUCGCAGGGAGUGACGAUGAAGAUGAUUUGUCAAAGAUGGAUAUGGGUGGGCGGGCGAAGGGCCGUCUUCACCGGUGGGACUUUGAGACGGAAGAAGAGUGGGCGAAAUACAACGAUCAGAAGGAAGCCAUGCCAAAGGCGGCAUUCCAGUUUGGUGUGAAGAUGCAGGAUGGCAGGAAGACCAGGAAGCAGAACAAGGAUCAGAAGCUCAGCAACGACCUCAACAAGAUCAACAAGAUCCUGGCGAGGAAGAAGGGCGAUAAAGAUGGAGGUGAAGGGCAUUAUGACGACGAUCUACCCAGCGGGAAGAAACAGCGAGCUUGA